ACUUGCCAGCACUCGGAGUAUAACCUACCGAUUCUGUCAGUGUAUUUGACAUUAAGUAAUAACAAUUGUGUAGUCAAUCGCUUCAAUUUAAAAAAAUACCGAUCCAAAAACGUGCCGAUAGUUAUCGGUCAGCAAUCCCUAAUCGAGCACCCGAUGAUUUUAGGACAGUAUCGGGAUUACCAAAAAUGGCCAAAAAACAAAACAACAGCAAAAUGGAUGACCUCAAGCAGGAAGUCAGCAUGGAUGAACACCAGAUCAGUAUUGAAGAGCUUUGUACGCGAAUCCGCACCAGUGUUAAGACAGGUUUGACCCCAGAGAAGGCCAAGGAGUACUUGGCCCGCGACGGUCCUAACGCACUGACCCCUCCCAAGACAACUCCCGAAUGGAUCAAGUUUUGUAAGAACCUGUUCGGCGGAUUUGCUAUGCUUUUAUGGAUCGGCGGUGUAUUGUGUUUUGUGGCCUACUCUAUACAAGCCGGCACUUUUGAAGAGCCUCCCGAUGACAAUUUAUAUUUAGGUGUAGUAUUGGUGGCAGUGGUAGUGGUGACGGGUGUGUUUUCCUACUAUCAGGAGGCAAAGAGCUCCAAAAUUAUGGAGUCAUUCAAAAAUAUGGUGCCACAGUAUGCAACUGUCAUAAGGGGUGGUCAGAAGUAUACGUUUCCGGCCGAAGAACUGGUUGUCGGCGAUUUAGUUGAAGUCAAAGGCGGUGAUAGAAUACCGGCUGAUUUGCGUGUAAUUAUGGCUCAGGGAUGCAAAGUCGACAACUCGUGUUUGACUGGAGAGUCUGAGGCACAGUCGCGGUCAGCCGAUAAUUCAAGUGACAAUCCAUUGGAGUCCAAGAAUUUAGCCUUUUUCUCAACCAAUUGUGUGGAAGGAACGGCCCGCGGGAUUGUCAUCAAUACCGGCGAUCGCACUAUUAUGGGUCGUAUAGCAAAUCUAGCGUCGGGUUUGGAAAUGGGCGAAACUCCGAUUGCCCGAGAGAUUGAACAUUUCAUUCAUAUUAUUACAGGAGUGGCCGUGUUUUUAGGCAUCACUUUCUUUGUAGUGGCAUUUGUGUUAGGCUAUCAUUGGUUGGAUGCCGUUAUCUUUUUAAUUGGUAUUAUUGUAGCCAAUGUUCCCGAAGGAUUGUUAGCAACAGUUACCGUAUGUCUGACACUAACAGCCAAACGUAUGGCCAGUAAAAACUGUUUAGUAAAAAAUUUGGAAGCCGUCGAAACUUUGGGCUCGACAUCGACGAUAUGUUCAGACAAAACGGGAACUUUGACACAAAACCGGAUGACUGUCGCCCACAUGUGGUUCGACAAUCAGAUUAUUGAGGCCGACACUACCGAAGACCAAAGUGGUGCUCAGUUUAAUAAGUCAUCUCCCGGUUGGACAGCAUUAGCAAGAAAUGCGUGUCUGUGUUCGCGAGCCGAGUUCAAAGCUGCCCAGGAAUCGGUGCCAAUUCUUAAGAGAGAUGUAGCCGGAGAUGCCUCGGAGUCGGCCAUUUUGAAGUGUAUGGAACUGUCGGUCGGGAAUGUUAUGCAAUUUAGAGCUAGAAAUCGAAAAGUAUGUGAACUGCCAUUCAAUUCAACGAAUAAAUUUCACGUCACUAUUCAUGAGACUGAAGACGACGAUCCGUCGUAUUUAUUGUGUAUGAAAGGAGCGCCCGAAAGGAUACUCGAAAGGAGUUCAACCAUUAAUAUCAAUGGCAAAGAACUGCCAUUAGAUCAGGACAUGAAAGACGCCUUCAAUACGGCAUACCUUGAGUUGGGUGGACUCGGCGAACGGGUUAUUGGAUUUUGUGAACAACGAUUGAAUCCCGAAAAAUACCCGCAAGGAUUCCCAUUUGAUUCCGACGAAUGCAACUUUCCUCUCAGUGGUAUGAAAUUUAUUGGACUCGUUUCGAUGAUUGAUCCGCCCAGAGCUGCUGUUCCCGACGCAGUAGCCAAGUGCCGCAGCGCCGGUAUUAAAGUAAUUAUGGUUACCGGCGAUCAUCCCAUUACGGCUAAAGCUAUCGCACGUUCCGUUGGUAUUAUAUCUGAAGGCAACGAAACGGUUGAAGAUAUUGCAAAUAGACUUAACAUUCCCAUUGAAGACGUAGAUCCGCGAAUGGCCAAAGCAGCGGUCAUUCACGGCCAAAAUCUGCGGGAAUUAAGCUCAGAACAGUUAGACGACUUACUACGAAAUCAUCCGGAGAUUGUGUUCGCCCGGACGUCACCGCAACAGAAGCUAAUCAUUGUUGAAGGCUGUCAAAGACAGGGAGCUAUCGUUGCCGUAACUGGUGAUGGCGUCAAUGACUCACCGGCGCUCAAAAAGGCAGACAUUGGAGUGGCGAUGGGUAUCGCCGGUUCCGAUGUAUCUAAACAGGCGGCAGAUAUGAUACUAUUGGACGACAACUUUGCUUCGAUAGUAACCGGUGUUGAAGAGGGACGACUCAUAUUUGAUAACUUAAAGAAGUCUAUCGCAUACACACUCACGAGUAACAUACCAGAGAUUUCGCCAUUUCUUUUGUUUAUAUUGGCUGAUGUGCCGCUACCGUUGGGAACGGUUACUAUUUUGUGUAUCGAUUUGGGCACCGAUAUGGUUCCGGCCAUUUCGUUAGCUUAUGAAAAACCCGAAAGCGAUAUAAUGAAACGCAAACCGCGAGACCCGAAAACCGAUAAACUGGUUAACGAACGGCUCAUAUCGAUAGCGUACGGUCAGAUCGGUAUGAUGCAGGCGGCCGCCGGCUUCUUCACCUAUUUUGUUAUAUUGGGUGAAAAUGGUUUCCUCUUCGACACACUUCUGGGCAUCAGAAAGGAUUGGGACUCGAAAGCCAUCAAUGAUGUGACCGAUUCGUACGGACAGGAGUGGACAUACAAACAACGCAAAACACUUGAGUUCACAUGUCAUACGGCUUUUUUCGUGGCCAUUGUUGUUGUCCAAUGGGCUGAUCUAAUCAUCUGCAAGACCCGUCGCAACUCAAUCAUACACCAGGGGAUGACUAAUCACAUCCUUAACUUUGGUCUCUGUUUUGAGACAGCAAUGGCUGCUUUCAUGUGCUACUGUCCCGGACUGGAUAAGGGCUUACGUAUGUAUCCUCUGAAGCUUCGUUGGUGGGUUCCGGCGAUGCCUUUCUCAGUCUUAAUCUUCUUGUACGACGAAAUCCGUAGAUUUAUCUUACGGCGCAAUCCGGGCGGUUGGGUUGAAAUGGAAACAUACUAUUGAGAGCUUCACUAAUAUAUAUAUAGUAUUUAUAUA